AUGGAACCUGCUGGCAAGAGGCGCAAGCUUGCCCCAAAGCUCAGUGCCUCUGCGUCCUCUCCUCCCGAUCCUCGCUCUGCGCCCUCACAUCAUCAUAAUCCUUUACUUCGCUUGCCAAGCCCAGCUGACAUUCCCAAGCCUCGUCCCUCUCACAUAGUUCCAGAUGCGCCUCACCACAGCCAACGCCACGAAUUUGAGGCCUUCGCCCGUCAUCUGCACGAUGCUGCCAUGCUCAUCAACCGACAAGCAGCGCGCCCAAAUGCCUUUUACGCGAACGUCUCGGUACUCCUGCUGGGCUGGCAAGAUGAUGCUGCUGCCCUUGACAACAUUCGCGCUCUGCAGCAGGUCCUAGUCUCCGACUACCGCUAUCACACGCAAACAUGGCAGAUCCCCAGUGUCGCAAACCCCAGUAUUAAGCUCAGCAUGCAAAUAGCCUCAUUUCUCGAGCACGCCCAACCUAAUCAUCUUCUCAUCAUCUACUAUUCUGGCCACGGCUACGUCAGUGCAGACGGACAACUUUACUGGGCCUGCUCCCCCCACGACCAUUCUGCCAAGCUGAAAUGGGACGGGGUUCGCUGCCUCUUCGAAGACGCCCAGUCCGAUAUCCUCCUCCUCCUGGACACUUGUGCCGCUCCCGACUCUAUCGCUUCUGGCAACGGCGUUAAGCAGGUCAUUGCCGCCUGCUCUGCAGAGACAACCCGACAGCCUUCAGCCACUUCCCGUGCUUACUUCUCUCCUUGUCUAACCGCAGCCUUACACCAAUUAAGUCGUACUACCUCGUUCUCCACUCAGCAGCUUUGCCAGGAGAUUAAGAUUGCUUCCCAAGCAAACUCCUCGCCGCGAUUUCCGUCUCCCGCUUUUGAGCCGCAAUUUUUCACCUUGACGCCUGAUCAAGGCAAAAGUAUACAGCUUGCGCCACUGAUAGAUUCUUCGUCCGAUGCCGCCACGCCAGAAACCAGCCGCGCUCGAGAUGCUCCGCUCAGCCCAAAGUCAAGCCCGAAACUGAACUUCGACGAAGCUCGCGUUCUGGUUUGCACUACGUUUGUCGGUGAUGUCAGUCCAGAUAUGUCGGCUUUCCACAGCUGGCUACGGAACACGCCGCCUCUAGCCGCUCAGAUAACUGUCGAGGGCAUGUUUUUGGGUCCUCCGACAGUCCUACUCAUCUCUAUGCCCACAGCUCUCUGGGCUAGCGUCCAGCAUGACAAGAUUUGGUACUACCUUGGCACCAUAACCUCGCGCAAUAUGGUUUCCCUAUACGAAAAAAUGGUAGGAGCCUCCGCCGCUCCCGCUUCGGCCAUCGAAACGAACACAGCAGCAACGGCUGCCCCAGAGUCCACUCCCACGAGCGCGCAUUCACGUCCAGCGUCGGGUGCCCAGUGGCCAUUGCCUGGAUAUGCGGUGAAAGACGAGCAACCAGACGGACAAACGAGCCCAACGGCCAGGCUGUAUCAGUCGCUCGCUGCCGGUGGACUAGGAAUCAAACCACCAAAGCCUCCCGGAACCGAAUCGGUAGAGAUGCAAGAAGCUGCUGAGCAGCUCAAGGCUCUCAGUCACGUCCGCCACCGAAGUGGUGACACUUCUGCUAAUACCACGUCUCCCCAGCGCGCUGCUCUACCGGCAUCUAUGCCAACGCUACACCCUGGCUUCCGUAAUUUAACCCGUUCAGAGUCGAUGCCUGUGCUGGACAGUGGCACCGGAUCCGCCGGCGCGAGGAUGAGACGCAUGCUCGGCAAGCCUGACAUUCGAUGCGCUCAUUGCAGCCAUGCGCCGUUCAAGGACUCAUCUUCCCUAAGAAAACAUAUCGCCGCGGCGCACACGCGCCCGUUUCCCUGCGCGUUUUACUUCGCUGGCUGUACCAGCACGUUUGGGUCCAAGAACGAGUGGAAGCGUCACAUUGCAUCGCAACACCUUUGCUUGCAGUAUUAUCGCUGCUCACUCUGCUCACACAACACGGUGGAUGGAAAGGGUAACGAGUUCAACCGCAAGGAUCUAUUUACUCAGCACCUACGCCGCAUGCAUGCGCCUCUUGAGGUCAAGAGAGCCCUCGCCAAAGGUGAUAGUGGCCAGCACCAGUCAGAAUGGGAAAGCUACGUCAGAGAUAUGCAGACUACCUGCCUUAUUCAGCGAAGGCAUCCACCACAGCGGUCUAGCUGCCCGAAACCCGGCUGUGGAAACACCUUCGAAGGUUCGAGUGCAUGGGACGAAUGGACAGAGCAUGUUGGUCGACACAUGGAAAAGGGCGAAGGCGACAAUCUUGGAGUCGACGACUUGCUUCUACGAUAUGCUCUCGAUGAAGGCAUCAUCGAGCGGGUUGGCGAUAAAGGAUACAAGCUCUGUCAGGUUAUGGGCAGCAGCGGCACGCCAAGCCUGCCGCCCAGUCAGGCCAUGUCAGAAACACACGAGUCGCAAGCGAUGUCGACGCAAAGCUCAGCACCACCGCCACCAGAUGAUUCGCAGCCGUGGGGUGCCCGGUCGCUGCCGCCGCUUCCUCCUCAUUUGCUACAUGCACCACACGACCGAGAUCCGAACCCGAGGCCAGAAUGA